AGCAAACUCUAGUCAUAUGUGAUGUGACCGAAGGAACUAAAUCGUUGGAUAGUGACUGCCAAGCAUCCGAUCGAGAAGUUUCACCAAAGCUAGUGAUGGGGACAAAAAAAUAUGGUCGACGCUCGCGACCCACAGUUCAAAAUACAUCGCUGACAGAUUCUGAAGAUGAUGUUCAUCAACAUGAUCAUAGACUAUGCGAUGUAAAUUUGCACCACGGUAUUUCAUCAGUGCAGCGUUCUUCUUCACAAACUGACAUUCCUAAUAAGGGAAGGCGACGACCUCCUAAAAUGAAUGAUGAUAUUAAGCUUAAGCGUUGUUCAUCUUUACCUACUCACCGAAACUUUGCUUCAAUCAUAAAAAAAAGUCAACUUGGAAACGAUACGGUGUCGUUAUCGAUUUGGGACAAACAUCAACAAAAACAAGCCCUAAGUGAUCCGCCAAUUUCUACAGAAUCAAAAAUCCUGCCUGCCAACAGAAUAUUAGAUAUAUUUGGACGAGCGCAAAUUGCUAAUGGGAGGGGCAUUUUGCUCGCACUCGGAUUCGAUGAUGAAGAAGUAGAUGUAACCCAGUUGAAUAAAGUUUUAGAAGAAGAACUACGUGGUUUAGAGGAUGAUACACAGCUGGCAUUAGUUCGUGCCUAUAUGGCUAUGCAGAUAUCAGAAGUAACGAGUUUACGUCAAACAGUAUGCCAAUUGUAUGAUGAAAAUAAAAAGUUACAGACCAGCAAUAAAGACGCGAAUCAUCGAUUAUCCUUACUAGUUACUGAAGUCGAUGAGCGGCAAACAUCUUUGGAAGAUUCCGCGAAAAAAGAGAUACGCGUCAUGGAGCAAAGGCAUGCGACUUUGAUCCGUGAAUUGUCAACACGAAUGGCUAACGAUCGGGAAAAUUGGAGUAAUUUUACGUCUCGUCUUGAAGCAAAAAUCAAGCAACUUGAGCAAGAAGAAAUUAAGUAUAGGACAGAGCUGGAACUAGUACGAAAAGAAAAUUGCGAUUUAGAAUGUGAGCAAAAAAAAAUGCAGAAACAAGUCACCGAACUACUCGAAAAGAAUGUACAACUAAAUCUACAUGUAGCAGAAUUAAAAAAGGUUAGAAGUAAAGAAGUUAGUGAUAUUAGAAAUGACCAGAGAAGUGAUGAAGACGGAAAUGUAGCCCAAUUGGUAGAAAAAAUGUCAGAAUUGCAAAUUGAAAACAAAAAUUUACGAGAUAAGACCGAUGAGCUAAUCGCUGAAAUCGAGUCAAUUAAUUUAGAGCUAUUGCGUGUAAAAUCGAAGAACAAAAAAAUCCGACCUGUAAGUAACACGAAGACGUCUACAGCGAUAGUUGUUCCCUGUGCUGUUUUAGAUGAUGCUGAGCUGGGAGCUAAUUUGACUGCUACUAAGCGCCGCGGUGACUCUCCCAGUAAAUCACAUAUCACAGAAGAAAGCCCUCGAUUGGGUAAGGUGCGGAAAUGUACAGACACAACGGGCAGUGAGACCAGUGAUACCAGCGGUGAGUGGAUGGCACUCAACUCUGAGUUGCUUGAUUCAGAGUCACCUCGGAGUUUAAAAGAAGAUAAUACUAAAGAAAUAGAAGCAAAACAAAAAAGUAGUUGGACUUCAAGUGAAGGAGAUUCAACAGAUGAACGCUGUAAAGAAUUAGAAGCCAGUUUGGAACAAAUGCAACGCGCAUACGAGGAUUGCGAGGAUUAUUGGCAAUCGAAGCUAGCUGAAGAACGGAAGUUAUUUGAAAGAGAACGGCAAAUUUACGAAGAAGAACAACAGGAAAGUGAUAAAAAAUUCACUGAGUUGGUGGAAAAAGUUCGCGAAUAUGAAGAACAAUUCAGUCGUGAUGAUAGACUGUCUCCCAUAGAGGAAAAAGAUGCUUUAGAGCAGCAAUAUGCAGAUUUAGAGGCAGAGGCAAAUGAUUUACGAGAGACUGCGAGAAAAAUGUUCGAUGAAAAGUGCAACGAAAUCGAUUGCUUACAACGAGAAAUCGAGGAUUUACGUACGAGAUUAGGCGAAAGUGUGGAAAUAUUAACAGGUGCAUGCGAGUUAAAUAACGAAGCGAUGGCAGUGAGUGCUAUGCACAUUAAUGUGGAUAGACACAGUCCGGCUAGUUCACCGAUUAGCUACCUUUGGCAUCAGAGUACCAUACAAGAACCAGCUAAGAACUACAAUACAGCUUUUCUCUCACCGGAGUCACCUAAUCGACAAGCUAAACGAAAUAAUCUCACAACGUCUGAAACUACAAUAUUUAGUACCACUCCAGUGGACACCAUCGCACCUAUUGAAAAGCCGUUUGAGUGGGAAACAGAUGAUGUCUCUUCUACAGCAUCAGCCAAAAGUUCCGCAGGCAAUAGUCCUGCGUCAACAAAUAGUGCAUGUCAGUCACACACACAGCAGCAGUGCAAAAAGUCGCGUAGUACCGCAAAUAGUGUAUCUGGUCUGGCUAUAAAGGAAGAGCUAAAGCGGUUAAAAUUCUUCGAAAUAUCUUUAAAGGAACAAGUUAAGAACUUAUCUUUGCAACGAGAUGGAUUGGUAAUGGAACUGCAGCAGUUGCAAGAGGCCCGCCCUAUGCUAGAAAAGGCGUUUGCGCGUACCUUACAUCCAAGUAUUACACAGCGCGUAAACCAACUGGAACUACGAAAUCGUCAUUUGCAAAAUGCUAUCAAGCAACAGCAACAACAAACAGAAUCCCUAAUGCAGCGUUCCUGGCAGCAACAUCAAAUGGAACUCGCAGACUUGCAUAAUCGAAUCGAAGCGCAGGGAUCAAUGAUCGCAGAACAAGUGCAGCGUUUGCAAAACGCAGAUUUGCUUGUUAAAGACUUGUACGUGGAGAAUGCUCAUUUAGCCGCCACAGUACAACGGUUGGAGCAGAAUCGUGCUCGCAUGACUAUGAUGCACCAGCAACGACAAGGUUUGAAUGGAUUGCCUGGAAUGCCUUAAUCAUUUUGGUGUAAUGUUAUCCAUAAAUUUAGAGGCGAUUGAAUUACGAAAUAUUUUCUAUGAGUAGUUGAUAUCAUCUGUACACAAAAAGGUAUUGCUAAUCCAAAGAGAUAAAAUUUCGCACAAUACUCGUUUUACACA